AUGAGUGAAGUAGCCUCAGUCACACCAGAUCGUGACUCCCAGAGUGAGUCAACCGCGGUGACUUCGCUGCUGGACGCUGCGCCUGGUGUAAACCCAGUCGUGGCGUCCGCGCUGAAGCAAUACGCGGUGCUCAAAGACUCCAUGAUCACUCUGAUGAAGCGCCACGCUAAGAGCCUCUCACACGAAUCCUGGACGGACCUGAGUAAGAGCGUGAAUGGAAUCGGCGACGCAUUGACGCUCGUUUCCAUGGAGGUGGCCCACCUUCAGGGGAAGGUGGACCAGCUGCGGGACCUCCGGGAGGGGGGGGGGCCGGGAGUGCGGGCGACAUACUCCUCGGUUCUCGCGGGCCCAGGCGCUCUCGCCGGCACUUCUGGUCCCCUUCCCGCGACGGUGGCUGAUGCGAGCACGCAUUCAGUGCCCGUCCAGGAACACCGAGAGACUCUUUUGGUCUAUGGGAAACCAGAUGUAAACACCCGGGCGACCUUGACCACACGAUUCAGCCCCGUCACUUUAAACAUACAGGAUGUAUCGGUACGAAACAUUUCAUCAAAUGGCGUCAGCGUCCAGUCGUCGAACAGGGAAGGCCUCGAUAGGCUUAAAUCAGCCAUCGAGGGAGAUGAGACGGUGAAGGACAUACUAACACCAAAGUUCCCGGUGCGCUUCAGGCCUCAGUUUCGCGUCACGGGGGUCGACCCUUCGGUCACCCGUGAAACUGCGUUUCUGAAGCUAAAGGAGCAGAAUGGCCUGGAAGUAACCGAGGAACAGCUCACCGUCAGGUCUGUCUUUCCUGACCGGUUCAGCGGGACGCAGACCUUCAUUCUGGAAGUAGAUCCUGUAAUCUACAAAAUUGUAAAACAAAAAACCUUCCUCACACUUGGUUGGACUCGGUGUCCCAUCUCCGAGUUCUUCCAUGUUGUGAGGUGCUCCAAGUGCUGCCAGUACGGUCACACGCGCCGCUUCUGCCAGGCAGAUGGGACAGUGUGUGGCCGAUGCGGCUCUAUGCAUGAAGGCAGAUGCACACGAGAGAAAAAAUGUGCGGCAUGCACUAAAUCAAACGAAAAGCAAGGAACAUCUCUUGCGGUGAAUCAUACAUUUUACGAGACAAUUUGCCCGCUCUACAAACAACAAACAGAAAAACGCCGAAUGCGUACUGCAUACUGAAAAAAAGUG